CACAUCUUAUCCGCAAAACACUAGUGAUUCUAACAAGUACACCUUCCACAACCCCCCUUCCCUUUUCAUGACCAAAAACAAAACCCUAAAUUCAUUCACAAGAUUCAGAAAAUGUCGGUAGCUUCAAUCCAAUGCAUCAGAAUAUCAAAUUCGUCAUCAAACGCACAUACUUUUAGAUUCUCUACAACCAAGCCUACAAUAGUUACUAUACGCAGCGCUCAAGCCGAUGGCCCUUUGCGAAGACCUUCCAUUGCUACUCCGCCUGUAAGACCUUCCAUUCCUCCGUCUCCAUCUCCGAAUCCACCACCGCCUCCUUCAGCUCCGGCGAAGUCUUUGGCGGAAGCAGCGGCGGUUGGUCAGAAUGUAAUAACGAUGGAGUUCCAGAGGCAGAGGGCGAAAGAGCUUCAGGAGUAUUUUAAGCAGAAGAAGCUUGAAGAGGCUAAUCAAGGGCCUUUCUUCGGUUUUAUUGCCAAAAAUGAAAUUUCAAAUGGCAGAUGGGCAAUGUUUGGAUUUGCUGUGGGGAUGUUAACGGAAUAUGCAACUGGAUCGGACUUUGUUGAUCAAUUCGGACCAUAAAAUCUUCAAGAAGAUUCGAAGCAAAUCCUCUAAAUUGGCGGAGAGUAUGUUCAAGUUUGGUUGGGUUAAACAUAUAGAGAAUUUUGGGAUUUGUAAAUGUGUUCUCCUUUCAUUAUUUUGUAACUUUUUUUCUCCUCUUUUUUGCCUUCCCUUGCCUUCUACUUUAUA